AUGGCAUCUGAUGCCAGGAUCCUCCUCACCGGGGCCACGGGCUUCGUCGGAGGCAGUGUCCUAACCACGCUGCUGCUGCAGCUUCCCGCCUCGACCCAAUCCAACCCUAUAACAUGCCUUCUCCGAGGCGCGGACCGCGCAGCCAUCCUCACCUCUACCUACGGCGAGCGCGUCAAGCCUAUCCUCUACGGCGGCCUGGACGAUCUCGAGACCACCACCGCGGUAGCGGCACGGCAUGAUGUCAUCAUCAACACCACCCUGGGAUACCACUCCGCAUCCGCCCAGGCCCUCCUGCGCGGCCUUGCGCAGCGGAAGGAACAAACCGGUCGUGAUGUUUGGUACAUUCAAACAUCUGGUGCGUCCAACGUCAGUGAUAAGCCGAUUACCAAACAAGGAGCGCCGGCGAGAGAGUUGGAUGAUCUGGCGGGCGAUGUGUAUGCGUAUGAGAAAGGGCUCGAGGCGGAGGAGGCCUUCGCGCAGCGGACGACGGAGCUGGGCGUGAUCGACACGGGCCUUGAGCUGGGCGUUAAGACGCUUGUGAUCAUGAGUCCGAUCGUCUAUGGAAUUGGCACGGGCCUGUUUAACAGGGUCAGUGUCCACACGCAGUACAUGAAGGCGAUCCUGAAGAUCGGGCAUGCGGUGGUCUUCGGUGCUGGCUCCGGUGUCUACGACCACGUUCACAUUGAGGAUCUUGCGGACCUCUACCGGCUUGUUGUGCAGGAGAUCCUGCAGCGGGGAGGCGAGGCUUUGCCCACUGGGAAGAAAGGGAUACUGUUCAGCGCCACCGGACGGCAUUCGUGGCUGGAGUAUUCGCAGCUCAUCGCGGAGGCUGGCUACGAAUGCGGGCUGCUGUCGGAGAAGGAGGUUACUGUGCUUGAUACCUUGGAGGAAGUGGUAACGAUCCUCAUCCCGCACCUUGAAGUUACAAGUAAGGUAUUCGAUGCCGAACAGCUCAUCUCGGCUGCUGAACACUUCUGUUCGAGCGCGAAGACGGUCGCGAAAGUUGGCCGGCGCAUUGGGUGGACACCGGUCAGGGGGGCCGAAGCCUGGAAGCAGUCGUUUCGCGAUGAUCUCGAUGCCAUUCGGUCAUGA